AUGACUGCUUUUGAGGAAUUCGGUGUCCUUCCGGAAAUUGCAAAAGCCAUAGAAGAGUUGGAAUGGACAUUACCCACGGAUAUCCAAGCCGAAGGAAUACCCUUGGUACUAGGAGGAGGAGAUGUCUUAAUGGCCGCAGAAACGGGAAGCGGUAAAACCGCCGCGUUCUGUUUGCCAAUUAUACAGAUUGUAUGGGAAACUUUGAAGGAUAUACAGUCGGGGAAAGCGGCAAAAGCUGCCGCGGAGAGCUGUUCUCCUCCGUGGACCAUGUCAAUAUUGGAUCGUGGUAACGCUUUAGCAGUUGCUCCUUGCGGCCUACGCGUUCAAUCUAGAGAACAGAAAGAAUGGCAUGGGGUCAGGUGCACUCGUGGCGUAAACAGUGGCAAAUGGGCAUUCGAAGCCACUGUAACCGAUGAAGGGUUAUGCAGAGUUGGCUGGUCUAGUCUUCAAGCGAAUUUAGAUCUUGGUACCGACAGAUUUGGUUUUGGAUUUGGGGGAACGGGUAAAAAAUCCAACAACAAACAAUUCGAUAACUACGGCGAGGCGUUCGGUAAAUGUGACGUGAUCACUUGUCUACUUGACGCGGAUAGUGGUGAGAUCAGAUUCUGUAAAAAUGGCGUGGAUCUAGGACGGGCUUUUACAGCCGACAAGAACUUGAUCAGAAACGGAAUGUUUCCAGCUGUCGUUUUAAAGAACGCAGAAAUGGAAUUCAAUUUCGGAAACAAGGAGUUCAAGCAUAGUUUACCGCAAGGCUAUCAGCCGAUAAAUUCAGCAUCUCACGAUCAAGUUGUAACAAAUUCGAACGGUCAAGGAGGUUCCGCCGGCAGUGCGCCUAAAAUUGCCAAUAACGCACCGCAAGCUAUUAUAAUCGAGCCAUCUAGGGAAUUAGCGGAACAAACGAGCAACCAAAUAAAAAAAUUCAAGAAGUAUUUGGAAGAUCCCACUAUUCGCGAAUUGCUGGUAAUCGGAGGAAUAAACGUCAAAGAACAAAUCUCGCAUUUACAAAAUAUCGGUGCCGACAUCAUCGUCGGCACACCUGGAAGAUUAGAAGACUUGAUUCAAGGAGGUUACUUGUCUCUGUCGAACUGUAGAUUCUUCGUGCUGGACGAGGCAGACGGUUUGUUGAAACAGGGCUACACGGAUCUGAUCGAGAGACUGCAUAAGCAGAUGCCGAAAAUAACGUCGGACGGGCGACGAUUGCAGAUGAUUGUUUGCAGUGCGACACUACACGCUUUUGAGGUUAAGAAAAUGGCGGAGAAACUUAUGUAUUUCCCGACCUGGGUGGACCUGAAAGGCGAGGACGCCGUUCCGGACACCGUACACCACGUCGUGGUGAACGUGGACCCGCAAAAAGAUAAGAGUUGGCACAACCUAAGACGGCACAUCCUGACAGACGGCGUGCACGCCCAGGACAACGUCCGCCCGGGCAACAACAGUCCCGAAACCAUGAGCGAAGCAGUGAAAUUGCUGAAAGGCGAGUACUGCAUAAGGGCGAUCGACGUUCACAACAUGGACAGGGCGAUCAUAUUCUGCCGCACCAAGGUAGACUGCGACAACUUGGAGAAGUACAUGAAGCAGUUGGACAGGAACAGGUACUCGUGCGUCUGCCUCCACGGAGACAGGAAGCCGAACGAGCGGAAAGCCAACCUGGAGCAGUUCAAGAAGGGAAGCGUCAAGUUUUUGGUUUGUACCGACGUGGCGGCUAGGGGGCUCGAUAUUACCGGAUUGCCGUUCAUGAUUAACGUAACUCUGCCCGACGAAAAAUCCAACUACGUGCAUAGAAUUGGUCGCGUGGGUCGAGCGGAGAGGAUGGGUUUAGCUAUUAGUUUAGUCAGUACCGUCCCGGAAAAGGUUUGGUACCACGGAGAGUGGUGCAAAACCAGAGGAAGGAACUGCUGGAACACCAACCUUACCGAUCAGAAAGGUUGCUGCAUUUGGUAUAACGAGCCGCAGUAUUUAGCGGACAUCGAGGAACACCUAAACGUGACGAUUCAACAGAUCGGGCCGGACAUACAAGUUCCCCACGACGAUUUCGACGGGAAAGUCGUGUACGGGCAGAAAAGGAAGGCGGCGGGUACCAACUACGAGACCCACACCGCGCAGAUGGUUCCGAUCGUGGCGGCUUUGUCGAGACUGGAAAGCGACGCGCAGUCGAUUUAUGUGAAGCGUUACUUAACGAAGUUGACCCGUGCUUAGAUUUGUUAAUUUUUUAUACUUAUUUAUGGCAUUUAUUGUAACUUUAUAGUCUCGUGUUCCGUUACUACAUUCUUAAUGCUAUUAUUAACUAAUUCAAAUGUACUGGAGGUGAAUAUAAAAAAAUGUGUA